AUGGAUGACCUCUCUUUCUCAUCCACUAGUAUCAUCAAGUCCAAGGCAAAAAGUAUAGUUUGGCAGCCAUUACUGCCAAACAUUCAAUGCAUACAAGUAUCACUUACAGAGAUGCUUUCAGUACUAGAUUUAUACAUGUUUGACAUAACGUUAUUAGGAGGUGAUAAUUUGAGUAAAGGUUAUGAAAUUUUGCCAAAGAACUGUAUAUAUAAGGGUCGGGUAAGACAGGGAGAUGUGAAAGCUAUCACGCUUGUAGACAAGAACGCAAAACAAUGUUUUCGUUUAAAGAAUGCAUAUAUGGAAUACCUUGGAUGUUCUACUUGGAAUGAUUGUCGCAAGGACAGGUGCAACUGGAAAGACUGUAUCGUAGUUCUCCAGGACAAGUUGCUCAAUCUGUGUAAUAUUGAAUAUCAUGAAUUUAUGAAUAAUGCGAAGAUUCUCAGCAUAACCUCCAACACAAAGCUGCAUUAUCCAAGUAUACUAGAAUUUGAAAAG